CUCAUCAUUGCUUGUUCUCCUCCUUUCCUCCUUUCCUUUUCCCUCCCCCCCCUUUCCUUCUUUUUGUCCUUGGUCUCGGCUUUGUAAUCGCCAAAAUGGUCGCUCUUCGCUACUCUGUCCUCGCUACUCUCGCGCUCCGCGUCCUUUCCGUAUUCGCUCAGGAGGGUGAUGUUCCUCCUGUUGUCGAUGACGAGACGACUACCAGUGCCGCGGAAGCUGAGCUGAACGCUGAAAUUGUUGCCACUUUCCCGGAAGCCGACAUCUUCGGUGUCAAGCUGGUCAACGGCCGCCCAACCAAGGCUGUCAUUGACAUCACCAACAAUGAACCCGAGCCGAUCCAAGUCGCCUUCCUUGGUGGCCAGCUCAUGAAACCAGAGGUACUGAGCGACGACACCCCUGUGUAUACAGCCGUCCUUCGCAACCUGUCUACUGUUCAGUACCAAGCUACUAUUCCCGCUGGCGAGAAACAGUCGCUGCCCUACUCCUUCGUUCUAGACAUGCAGCCUCAGGAUGUCCGACUACACCUUAUUGGUGUUAUUAUGGGCAGCACCAACAAGAUCUUCUCUGUUGGCAUCUAUGAUGAGGUUGUUAGCAUCGUUGAGGCUCCUACUAGCUUCUUCGAUCCUCAAAUCAUUUUCUUGUACCUCUUCCUAACUGGCGCAUUUGCCGGUACCUGCUACUUUGUCUAUAAGACAUACAUCGAAGCCUUUUUCCCUCAGACCAAGAAGCCUAGGUCUUCAAAGAAGCCCAAGCCCGCGUUCGAGAAGGAGCCCCUUUCUGGUGGCGAAGGUACUGCUAGUGGCAAUGACAAGGGUUACGAUGAGAGCUGGAUCCCCGCCGAUCACCUUAACCGCCCUACUGCGCGACGUGUGAAGAGCAGUGCGAGCGCUAAGUCCAAGUCCAAGAACACUGAGUAGAAUCAGUAAAUUGGGAUUUCUAGACUGCGCCGACAUAUCAGAAGAUAUACUUUUGGGAGACAAUGAUAUUACAUGGUUUGGAAAACGGAUCAUUGAGUUGGUGCAGAGCCAAGUACCUCGGAUAAGAAAAGCAAUUCUUGUAAAUAAUACAUCUCGCAGGGUGGCCGGCCAUGUUGUACAGUUAUCAAAAUCGCAUGUAUCACAGAAAUUAAGGCAUAAAACGCCUCAUUUCGGGCAAACCCUUUACCUCACCGAUAGAGGCUCGAAUUUUAAAGCGCCUACUGAAUGCUGUGAAAACACGCGACAUUUACGAUCCUGGGAACGAUAAUCUACCUACAUACCUUAUGAGCCCCCCUUUCGCCUUUCUAAUCCUGCUAUAUCCUGGAUCGAUUGGCUAAGGCACAUAAUAUUAACAAUGUAGUGAGCAAGUCAACUAGCACUUCAGUUCUAGUUGUCUCGCGUGGCGAAGUGUCGGCCGGACGCGACUACCAAACAACGAACAUGAAAAUAGUUUAAAUCAGUGGUCCACGAACAAGGCGGCCC